AUGACCACCCCAGUGUCCCAAGGGGACACCACCACCCCGGCACCUCCCGGCGACACCACGACCCCCGCGCCCCAAGGGGACACCAUCACCCCGGCAUCUCCCAGUGACACCACCACCCCUGCGCCCCAAGGGGCGACCACCACCACCCCGGCACCUCCCGGUGAAACCACCACCUCUGCACCCCAAGGGGACACCACCACUGCGGCAUCUCCCGGUGACACCACCAACCCUGUGCCCCAAGGGGCCACCACCACCCCGGCACCUCCCGGUGACACGACCUCCCCAGUGUCCCAAGGGGACACCACCACCCCGGCACCUCCCGGCGACACCACGACCCCCGCGCCCCAAGGGGACACCAUCACCCCGGCAUCUCCCAGUGACACCACCACCCCUGCGCCCCAAGGGGCGACCACCACCACCCCGGCACCUCCCGGUGAAACCACCACCUCUGCACCCCAAGGGGACACCACCACUGCGGCAUCUCCCGGUGACACCACCAACCCUGUGCCCCAAGGGGACACCACCACCCCGGCAUCUCCCGGUGACACCACCACCCCCGCACCACAAGGGGACACCACCACCCUGGCACCUCCCAGCGACACCACAACCCCCGCACCCCAACGGGACACCACCACCCCGGCAUCUCCCGGUGACACCACCACCGCAGCACCUCAAGGGGCCACCACCACCCCGGCACCUCCCAGUGACACGACCACCCCAGCGCCCCAAGGGGACAACACCACCCCGGCACCUCCCGGCGACACCACGACCCCCGUGCCCCAAGGGGACACCACCACCCCGGCAUCUCCCGGUGACACCACGACCCCCGCGCCCCAAGGGGACACCACCACCCCGGCAUCUCCUGGUGACACCACCACCCCCGUGCCCCAAGGGGCCACCACCACCCCGGCACCUCCCGGUGAAACCACCACCUCUGCGCCCCAAGGGGACACCACCACCGCAGCAUCUCCCGGUGACACCACCAACCCUGCGCCCCAAGGGGCCACAACCACCCCGGCACCUUCCAGUGACACGACCACCGCAGCACCUCAAGGGGACACCACCACCCUGGCACCUUCCAGUGACACGACCACCGCAGCACCUCAAGGGGACACCACCACACUGGCACCUCCCAGUGACACGACCACCCCCGCGCCCCAAGGGGACACCACCACCCCGGCAUCUCCCGGUGACACCACCACCCCCGCACCACAAGGGGACACCACCACCCUGGCACCUCCCAGCGACACCACAACCCCCGCGCCCCAAGGGGACACCACCACCCCGGCAUCUCCCGGUGACACCACCACCCCCGUGGCCCAAGGGACCACCACCACCCCGGCACCUCCCGGUGAAACCACCACCUCUGCGCCCCAAGGGAACACCACCACCCCGGCAUCUCCCGGUGACACCACCACCCCUGCGCCCCAAGGGGCCACAACCACCCCGGCAUCUCCCGGUGACACCACCAACCCUGUGCCCCAAGGGGCCACCACCACCCCGGCACCUCCCGGUGACACGACCUCCCCAGUGCCCCAAGGGGACACCACCACCCCGGCAUCUCCCGGUGACACCACCACCCCCGUGGCCCAAGGGACCACCACCACCCCGGCACCUCCCGGUGAAAGUACCACCUCUGCGCCCCAAGGGAACACCACCACCCCGGCAUCUCCCGGUGACACCACCACCCCUGCGCCCCAAGGGGCCACAACCACCCCGGCAUCUCCCGGUGACACCACCAACCCUGUGCCCCAAGGGGCCACCACCACCCCGGCACCUCCCGGUGACACGACCUCCCCAGUGUCCCAAGGGGACACCACCACCCCGGCACCUCCCGGCGACACCACGACCCCCGCGCCCCAAGGGGACACCAUCACCCCGGCAUCUCCCAGUGACACCACCACCCCUGCGCCCCAAGGGGCGACCACCACCACCCCGGCACCUCCCGGUGAAACCACCACCUCUGCACCCCAAGGGGACACCACCACUGCGGCAUCUCCCGGUGACACCACCAACCCUGUGCCCCAAGGGGCCACAACCACCCCGGCACCUUCCGGUGACAUGACCACCGCAGCACCUCAAGGAGACACCACCACCCUGGCACCUCCCAGUGACACGACCACCCCCGCGCCCCAAGGGGCCACCACCACCCCGGCACCUCCCGGCGACACCACGACCCCCGCGCCCCAAGAGGCCACCACCACCCCGGCACAUCCCAGUGAAACCUCCACCCCUGCGCCCCAAGGGGCCACCACCACCCCGGCACCUUCCGGUGACACGACCACCCCCAUGUCUCCUGGGAAAACGACCACCCCGAAGCUCCUCAGCACUGCUACGUUGGCCCCAUCUAUGCGCAUCAUCCGUUUCUCUCUCUCGUUCCGCAUUGUGAACAAGAUCUUUAUGAGCUCUCUUCUCGACCCCUUCUCUAGUUACUACCAGGAGUUGGAGCUCACAAUCCAGAGCCUGUACUUCGAAAUCUACGGCUGCCCAGGGUGCCCGAAUGGGCAGAACUACCUGGGAUUCACUGAUCUGCGUUUCAGCCAGGGCUCGGUGGUGACUGAGUCCGUCCUGCGGUACCGAGUGAGCAACACCAGCAUCACCACCACCACCAUUGAGCAGCAGCUGAGGAAGAGUCUGGACAGCCAGAACAUCACACAUGAUCUCCAGCUGGAGAAUAUCCGCGGUGAGCAGGCUCCAGCCAGGCCCCGCAGUGUCUCCACAGCCACGUGUCCAGGGGUCCCUGUGCUGGGGGCUGAGCAUGGCUGAGGGGAGCUGGUGUCUAUGGCC